CGCCUGGGUGAACGACUCAAAGGAAUUACCAACGUCAGCGACGCUAAAUUGUAACAACUUUUUUGCCCGCUGUGUCUGUUUUUGAAUCAAUUGACUCAUCUUGUUCGUCACGAAGAUCUCUGGAAGUCUUCCGAGCCGCAGAGGAGCGAAGCGCUGUUAGAAAGAUGGCGGCCUUCAGUAAAUAUGUCACUGCGAAGAACUCCUCCAUAGCAGGUGGUUUACUGCUCCUGCUCUACCUGCUGAAGAACAGACGACGACGGUCUUCGAAGAACUGCCCAAAACCAGGAACGGACUUGGUGGUAAACUUUGAGAAGGAUGGCAAAAAAGACCGUGCUGCAGUGGACAAGAUUUUCUUCUUGCGAAUUCUACAGAUUUUGCGAAUUAUGGUUCCUCGUGUGUUUUGCAAGGAGACUGGAUACCUUCUCCUGAUUGCUGUGAUGUUGGUGACAAGAACCUACUGUGACGUGUGGAUGAUUCAGAAUGGCACCCUGAUUGAAAGUGCAAUUAUUGGUCGCUCAACUGAACAUUUCAAGACCUAUUUGUUCAGCUUUAUCCGAUUCAUGCCACUUAUAGCCUUGGUGAAUAACUUCCUGAAGUUGGGCCUGAAUGAGCUGAAACUGAGGUUUCGAGAGCGACUAACAAAGAACCUGUACGACCAGUACCUUCAAGGUUUCACUUACUACAAAAUGGGUAACUUGGACAACCGCAUAGCCAAUGCAGACCAGUUGCUAACACAGGAUGUGGAGAAAUUCUGCAACAGUGUGGUGGACCUCUAUUCCAACCUCAGCAAGCCUUUGCUGGAUAUUGGGUUGUACAUCUUCAAGCUGACCAGUGCCAUAGGAGCUCAGGGCCCAGGCAUCAUGAUCUCAUACCUGCUCAUCUCAGGUUUGUUUCUGACCAGACUGAGGAGGCCCAUCGGCAAAAUGACGGUCACAGAGCAGCGGUAUGAGGGAGAGUACCGCUAUGUCAACUCUCGCCUCAUCACCAACAGUGAGGAAAUUGCCUUCUACAAUGGAAACAUGCGAGAAAAACAAACUAUUUACACCACAUUUAAAAAACUGGUUGACCACUUACACAACUUCAUAUUCUUUCGUUUCUCAAUGGGGUUUGUGGAUAGCAUCAUUGCCAAGUACAUUGCUACUGUGGUGGGCUAUCUGGUGGUCAGCCGGCCAUUCUUAAACCUGUCCCAUCCACGACAUCGGCACAGCACACAGUCUGAACUCCUGGAGGAUUAUUACCAGAGUGGGAGGAUGCUUCUUAGGAUGUCACAGGCCCUUGGAAGGAUUGUCCUGGCAGGUCGGGAAAUGACCAGGCUCUCCGGAUUCACAUCUCGUAUCACUGAACUAAUGAAAGUCCUACAGGAGUUAAAUGCCGGCAAAUAUGAGCGCACCAUGGUUACCCAGCAGGAGAACGAAUCUGACACCACUGAAAAAAAUAUACUAGUACCUGGAAAUGGUCAAAUUAUCAACCGAGAUAACAUCAUCAAAUUUGACCACACCCCAUUAGCGACACCAAAUGGAGACAUCCUAAUCAGAGAUCUCACAUUUGAGGUGAGAUCUGGCACCAACGUUCUAGUGUGUGGACCAAAUGGUUGUGGCAAGAGCUCGCUGUUCCGGGUGCUUGGAGAGCUUUGGCCUCUAUUUGGGGGACAGCUGACCAAACCAGAGAGAGGGAAGCUCUUCUAUGUUCCACAGAGACCCUAUAUGACUCUAGGUUCUCUGCGGGACCAAGUGAUCUACCCUGACACCUAUGAAGAACAAAAUAGGAAGGGAAUCUCUGAUCAGGUACUGAAGGAGUACUUGGACAACGUGCAGCUAGGCCACAUCUUAACCAGGGAAGGCAGUUGGGACACAGUGCAGGACUGGAUGGAUGUUCUCAGUGGAGGAGAAAAGCAGAGGAUGGCAAUGGCCCGAUUGUUCUACCACAAGCCCCAGUUUGCUAUUCUGGACGAGUGCACCAGUGCUGUGAGUGUGGAUGUGGAAGACUACAUCUACAGCCACUGCAGGAUGGUGGGCAUCUCUUUGUUUACUGUGUCUCACAGAAAGUCUCUUUGGAAGCACCAUGAGUACUACCUGCACAUGGACGGCAGGGGAAGUUAUGAAUUUCUACCCAUCACAGAACAGACUGUGGAGUUUGGGUCUUAGUCGACCGGUGACUUCUGGCGACAAUGCACUACUAAUCCAGUCCAUCGUUUUUGCACUCAAGUGUGGAACUGACCUUUUUCUUUCAUGGGACCUGCGAUCGUUAAUGUCAACAAUAUGAUUUUUACAUCUUUUGCUCAAAUUGUGGAAUGAAAUUUGUCACUCAUAGAAUUGACUUGUAAACAUAAUCUUAUCUAGCCUGCAGAAGUAAAUUGAUAAAUGUUGACAUUAUGCCUUCUGUCUUUAGAGGAAGAAAACUUGAUCACAAUGCAUUCAUUGGUAAUAUUAUUUGUUCGGAUAAAAGGUCAUUGAGGUCUUUUUGAGACAGAGCAGUCAAGCUGAGAUGUCAUGAGUUUCAGUAAAUUUAUUCAUGUUCAACUGACACAAAACAUUAACUUUUAUUCUAAAUUUCUAACUGAACAUUUGACUCCUAAGUAUUUAUUGCAGUUUAUUUAUUGCAAUAUUUCUCAUUUUAGUCAGUUUCACUGAUGAUCUUGAAAUCUACCAAGCUAGAUCUUUUUUUUUUUGGUUUAUUAGUUUGAUCAAAAAUCAUCUUUACUGUUGCCUGAAAACAUUUUUCAUUCUGUUUGUUUCUCACAUGACAGCAUUAUGAUCUAACCUCCACUUUACAAUAAUUCAGAAGAUGGAACCGUACCUUUUUGUUGAUAUAUUUCAUUUCUGAAAUCAUAAUGUAAUUAGAUUAUCUGAUCAUGAGCCUGUAUAAAAAAACAUGAAAAUAAACUGCACAUUGUACUAAACACUA